AUGUCGACCCAGCCAAGCCCACAACAACUGCAGCUAGCGAGGCGUGUCCCCGAGAUACAAGUGCUGGGCCUUCGAGACCCCCCUGGGAGAAUCGCGACAACAAGAGAGCGGAGCCAUACAGCCCAGUACCCUCCACACCCCUACCCACUCGAUAAGUCCUCGAUUGCCCUGUUCUACAACCUAGACGAGAACUGGGUCGACGCAUCUCAGGAGGUGCUCAUCUUCACACACCAAGUGCCCGAGUCCGAUGAUGAGAAGGUGCGUCUCCUCGACAAGAAGUCAGAACACUUCCAAUUUUAUUUCUGGACGGCUUUGGACAGAGCCCGAAGGCUCAACAAGCCACUUGAUGGGAGUGUGCGUCUCUGGGAGUACCACGACCUCCCAGGCAUGCUGAUCUGGUGGCGCAAGUGUCUCCGACAUCCCUUACCUACUUACAUUGGCGAAAGUAACGAUGGUCUAUGGAAAGAUGUUUUGUUGUCAUCACCCUGGUUCGACUGUCCCGUCUUUUAUGACCUCUUGUGGGAGGUUGUGCCGGACUUCGAGGGUCAGCCCCGGACGGACACUGAGGGCAAGGUGAUGGUGAAGGAGCGAAAUUCGAAACCGGCAGGGCUGGAAGAACAGUUCUUCGAGAGAUGGCGGCUCACGGCUUCGCGGCUGCCACUGAGGCGGGGUGAGAAUGGUGAUGCAGUUCUGCCCAUCACUAUGGAAUAUUAUCAGGCUCAAUAUGGAACUGCGGGCAUGGAGUGGCACAUGCCCCCAACUGAUUGGGCAGAGCAAGGAGGCGAUCUUCUUGACGAUGUCGACGAGUGA